AUGGAAGGCGGCGCUAGUCCCGGACCUGAGGAGAGAGAAGAGGAGGCGGCGAGGGUGGGGCAGCAGCAGGAGGAUAGCGAGGCCCUCGAGGAGGAGAGGAAGGGAGGCGGCGUACUGGGCCGGUUGCGCAGGAAGCUGGGCCGUGGUCGCCCUCCCGCCUCCCUCGCCUCCCAGGCCGUAGUCGACGACUUCAUGGCCGCCCUCCGCUCUUCUCGUUCUCAGACCGGCGAGGGGCGGAAAGGCCGCAAGAAGGCCAAGACGACCUCUUCAGGCGUUUCCACCAACCUCAUGAGGGACGCGGACGGGCGAGUCGUGGCCUUCACGUCGGUCGACAACAAACUCGUGCAGACCGGGGCGGUGGUUGUGGUGUACCGCGCCAAGCCGUCGGCCGAUGAAACCGCCCCGCCCGAACUCACCCGCCACGUCGCCAUCGUCUCGUGGAUGGGCGAGCUGGAGGUCGAACAGAAGAAGAAGCGGAAGAAGCAGCUCGAGCUCAUGCUCGGCCUCACCCUCUUCGACAAGGUGGGCGAGGGUGACGGGUGCUACGGCGAGCAGCGCUGCUUCACCUCACCGCGAAACUGCGCCCUCUUCGUGCGUCCGUGGGAGGCGAAACUGUACGAGCCCGAAGCCAACUUCCUCGGGCAGGUGCACAAGGUGGGCUACCUCUCGACACUCUCCAGCACGGCCCCCGACCUCGGCUGGAAGAAGCGAUGGUUCAUCCUGACCGACGACUUCCUGUACUUCUUCAAGACCCCGUUUUCCAAGACGGAGGUCGGUCGGCUGACCAUUCAGCCGCGCAACACCAAGCCCGCCGAUCCCGCCAUCACCGGGCGCGCCAAUUGUCUCGAAGUGGAGGCGGGAGAGAACAGAACGGUCUACCUGAGCGCUCCCGACAAAGGCACGGCUGAUUCCUGGCUCGCCGCCAUCAGCGCCCUGUGGCCCCUUUCCGCCGCUCGCCAAGAGGGCACGCUGCGACACCACGGCCUGUUGAAGGAGAUGGUAAAGGGGGGCUUCCUUCAAGGCAGCGUCUCCCUGCCGCCCGCCCACUUCGCCUCGCGCCUCGCGGAAGACGACCGAGAUGCGCCCGCCCACGCCGCGGCUCCUCCCCUCUCCUGA